CAAAAUGAAACCAACCAUGCAUAAAUUAACCGACAUUUCAUUGAUUAUUUUAACCCCCUUAUAAAACAGCACGUGUGGCAAGUUGUGUGUUCAUUUUCAGUGAAAUCUAAAAUAUGUGAAUUUCAGUGUUAAUAUUUUAGAGUAGUAUUAUUUAAUUAGGAAUUAAAAUGUCAAAAAGUAGCGCAAUGACGUCUCAAAAACCUACAAAAAUUAAACAACGAGAAAGUAGCACAGAAAGGAACCACAAGAAAAUUAGCAGAACCAUAGGGAGCACUACUAUAAAAAAUCCUACAACGGCAGCAGCAUCACCAUUAGUUAAGCAGAAGCAGGCGACCUUAAAAACGAGGAACAUUUCAGGUACAGAAAAAACUAAGGUAACAAGUAAAGCUACCUUAUCAUCAACAAAUAGAAGCUCAACAUUAAAAAACUCUUUGCCUGCAACGUCUAAAGGAUCCGUGACAAGCAAACUAACAGCUUCUGUAAAUAAUGGGUCAAAGCAGAAAAAACCACCAACUACACCACCCAGUAACAGAGUCUCAAAAACGCAAUAUUUUCCUAGUAAAAGUAUGUACGCAAAUGCUAUUCAACAUCACCUAAAUACACAGCCAAAAGACAAAGUUAUAUCUAAUUCAAACACCAAUAGCACCAGCACAACAAGUGAGCGCCCUAGAACGGCUACCUUAAAAAAAAGUAGCAUCAUAAAUUUAAAUCCUGCAGAAGUAGACGCACCACCAGCACCUUUAAAUACUGAAGAAAACAAUUACGAGGAUGACUUCGACUCUUACGAAUCCGAUUUUGAAGAGUACCAAACCUCGAGUUCCACCGCAACAGAUUUUAGUGCAAGUGAAAUAUUAGAGGAUGAUUCAAGCAGCAGCAGCAGCAGCAGUAGCUAUAGCAACACACGGAAGGUAAUCACCUCGGCAGGUACUGAAGAAAAAAUGCUCGAUUCUGGUAAUUACGAUAUGCACGACGCUCAGUAUAAGAAAACAUUAAGCAUUAAGAAUAAUAAAGAAAUCGUUGUAAUAGAAAAUAAUCGUAGCAAUAUGGCUUCUCUAUCGGACGAAGGUUUCGAGGAUAGUAAGUCGUCCUUACUGAGCAACGUACAAUAUAUAAAUUUUGCUCAAGCACAAAAAAAGAUUCAACAGAACAAACAUUUGGAGAAACAAAGAAAAAGAGGAAAGGAUAUAUUAGAAAUGAUAAAGCUCGACCAUUGCAAUUUUACGUUAAUCGAAAUGAUUCCGGUGUCUUACGAUGUGUUCAUUCGCAGUUUCGGAAAUUUAAAUUCGAAGCAAAUAUCUACUCAAACAGGUGACGAUAGUGGAUGUGAGGAAGUACAAACCGAAAUUAUAGAGACAAUCGAUAAGUGGACUCAGUAUCCUAUAAGAUUCUCAAAAAUUAAUUGCGACAAUUCUAAUUAUCUUCAGUUAUAUAAACAGGAAUAUGCAGGUACGAACUGUGUUAAUUCCGACAUUCAGCAAACAAUGGAUUUAAGUUAUGACAAAUUUCAUAAACAGUUAUUCAGUGCCACGCAACUUAUUCUUAAUCUUGUUUACGAAUCGCAAUCCAAUUUCAGCGAGAGAAUUUUAUCAAAUUCCUCGGAAAUACCUUUUAGCAACGGAUACAUUCAAUUUAACACAGAAUCAUCUCCAUUUUUAAGAAGUAAACCGAUCACAUUUGCUUGUUACUGUUUUGGCAACAAAUUGUUGACAGUGCAUGGAGAGAAAGCCAGCCAGGAGGGUAAUAUGGACAAAGAUUUUAUUAAUAAUAGUAUUGCAUGUAUCUGGAAUAUAUUAAAUUGUGAAGAGCCAGAAAGAAUUUUAAAAGUGCCUGGAAUAUUAAGCUGUUGUUUUACUUGUCAAACGAACCAUUUGGUCAUCGGAGGUCUUGAAGAUGGAACCUUGUCAAUAUGGAGCCUGACAGACUCGAACAAAAAUGUUAAUACAGUGCAAGACAUAGUAUAUGAACAACCAAACUACACAACCGAGGUGCACAAAGGGCAUACUUCAAGAAUAGUAUCCAUAUUACAGUUGGAAUUAAAAGAAGAAGACAUUUUCUCAGUAAACACAGAUGCCGCUGCAAAAAGUCAAGUAUGUUCAUUAGAUGAAAUUGGUACAUUAAUUGUAUGGGUCAUCAUCAAGAAAUGUAAAUCUUCUCAAAACUUACUGUACUGGAACCAAAUAUCGGUUGUGCAAAGUAAGAAAAUGUGCCUUAAUCAGUCUCAUCCAGAGUUAGUGAAUUUGCUUUGCACGGAUAUGAUAGUUAACUUCUUAGACACACACCACAUUCUCAUUUCAACGAAUUAUGGGUAUAUUAUUCACUGUUUAAGUACGACUCCGAAAGCAAGACCUAAAAAAUAUUAUUCGGGAAUACCAUCGCAAGUAAAUUGUUUGACGGGUUGCCCAUUUUCAUCUCAAUAUUUCUUAGCAGGGCAUGACAACGGGACAAUUACUUUAUAUUCCAGCACAUUGCAGAAAACCCUAAUAGCUUUAUCAAAUAAAAAUGAAAAUGUACACAGCGGCGUAGAAUGUAUACAAUGGUGCAGUGACAAACCGUGUUUAUUUUAUGUGAAAGAUUCGUCAAACACAAUUCACGUUUGGGAUUUAAAAAUUAGCGAUUUAUUGCCUAUUUACUCAGUGCCUUUUAAAGAGAAAAUUACAGUCAUGAAAUUAUCAAAAUCGCAAUUAAAAGAGAGCGAAACAUCGUAUAUGAUUCUUGCUACAGAUAAUGGUUCGAUACACCUACAUACUCUGACCAAAGAUGCCGAUUUUAAUGCAGAUGCGUAUAAAUUAGACAUCAAGAACUUUUUUAAUUACGUAAAUCGACUUUAAAUGUAGAAGUGUUAGACUUUAAAAAUAUUUGAAACUAUUGAAAUAAACAAUGUUAAUCUUGCCAUUGAAUUUUAUGUUGAUUCUUGUUUAUACAAUCAUAAGUGUAUUGUGUAUUCUAAGGCAUCCACUAGUUAGAGGUUUUCCGUUCUUCUGUAUAAUUU